ACCAUGAACGACGAGUGCAUCAAUUCCAGUGCCAUCGAACUACCGGCACAUCUUUUGCAGAGGCAGAUCGAGUUGGCAUCGAACGCUAAACGUGAUCCGGAGACGUCCUGUGGUACCGUGGUAGGUGGGGACUGGAAAGGGCAGUCGACAGCGAAACUAACGGAAUCAUUUUGGAACGCUUUCGAUACACUUGCUGCACAAAUAGCUACAAGUGCACAAGGACUUGGCACAUUUGAAGAGACUCAAUUCAAAACUAUAAGUGAGAAAACCUGCCGAGAUCUUCCUCAUAUUGAAGUGGGCUUGGGUGUGAAGAAAGGCAGCAUGCCUAGUCAACUUGGUGCCUUUGGUAAUAGCACCACUCGUACAAAGUUGAGUGAUGUACGCGAGACCCUAUUAGAAGAAUUGAGUCAGAUGGUCAGUGGGCACGUGGAUAUACUGGCGGCUUACGACAUGGGGCGUGCGCAAAAGAGGUUAAAGGAACUGCAAGCGUACACGCGCAAGGAUAUUGGCCGCCAAAGCAAUGCGAGGAGUGAUAUAUCAACGACCGCAGCAAACGAAAGCUCCGAAUCGCAGAACAAGAAAACAUUAACUGACGAGGAGGGGUACACAACCGCGGAUAAUAAAGUUGCGGCAGGUGCUGGUGGCAGAGCGGUUUGUCUGGGGGAUUUCCCAACAGUUGCGCCAGCCAAGAAAAAGUUCGCCUUCAAAAGCAGGACCCGAGUAGCUACGAACACCAACUCGGAUAUCCCCAAAGUAUCUGUGACGACAAGCUCAGAGUACAAACAUGCAGAAUCAACCGCACCUGCAGCACAACCCAUAAAAUCGCUUAACGAUACGCGUUUUGAGACAGACAUCAAUGCAACCACGGACAAAACGUACUCAGUCACGAGAACAAAAAUUGCAAAAACAGAUCAAGUGUCUAUCAAUGUGCAGUGGGGCGAGGGUCGGGAGAUCAGUUUAAGCGGGGAUGAGCUAUCCGGAGAAGUUUGCUUAUCACACCUCCGAGAUUGUACGGUUUACCUAAAUGGCCGAGUCUCUACCCUGCGAGUGCGCGACGUUGUGGGGUGCCGAAUAUACACUGGAGUUGUAACGCAAUCGGUGAUGGUAUUCGACACAAAGGACAGCACUGUACAAACGGCUUGCGGGCAGCUCAGAAUUCACGACACGAUCAAGACCGACUUCUUCCUGUUAUUAACCAGCCACCCCAUCAUCGAGGAUUGCAGCGAGCUGCGAUUUGGUAGGUACACCUACGAUUUUGAGGGCAACGAAGCGGACAUCGAGGAACGCGCGUUCGAUCGGAAUAGUACAUUAUGGAGAGAGGUUUUGGACUUCAAAUGGCAGCAUCCGGGAAAGCCUUCCCCUAAUUGGAAACUAUACGCAGACACGGAAUCUUAAUAGUCAUUAAAAUAUAUUCUUCU